AUGGCUCUCAUUCCCUCGCAGGUCCUGCGGGUCGCCAUCCUGCUCUCCUACCUCUCCAUUCUCUGCAAUUUCAAAGCCCUCGACAUCCCAGCUCACCAAACAUACGGCGGCAGCUGGAAGUUCUUAACAUUCAUAGACCUGGUGAUACAGACCGUUUUCUUUGGGAUCUGUGUACUGACUGAUCUCUCCAGUCUCCUUACUCAAGGCACUGAUGACCAAGAGCAGCAGAGGCAGCUCAGGAAGCUGAUUUCUCUUCGAGACUGGCUUAUGGCUGUCUUGGCGUUUCCUGUGGGGGUGAUGGUGGUAGUAACGUUCUGGGCCUUAUACUUAUAUGACCGAGAGUUGGUUUAUCCCAGAAUCUUGGACAGCUUUAUACCGCCAUGGAUUAACCAUGGAAUGCACAGCACAGUCCUCCCCUUCAUUCUGAUUGAAAUGAGAACAACACAUUAUCAUUAUCCCAACAGGACGUCAGGCCAGGCUGCAGUUAGCAUCUUUUCUACUGGGUAUAUUUUAUGGAUUUGCUGGAUCCACCAUGUGACAGGAAUGUGGGUCUAUCCGCUCCUCGACCACCUGUCCAACUUUCUGAAGAUUGUCAUCUUUGUGGCAUCGUUGGUUGCUAUCAACGUAUUAUACGUGGUGGGUGAGAUAUUAAACAGUUUCAUCUGGGACAAGUCAAGAUAUGUAGAAGAAAGGGUUGACACUAAGAACAAAACAGACUGACACAAGGCAGAAGAUAUCACAACCAGAAGCUGCGGGGGAA